AUGGGGACUUUGGUCUGGUUUACAAACAGACUUGUGAUCUACAGACUCCAACUGCAUCAUAAAGCAUACCCCUCAGCCAUGAAAUCAGAGGAGGUGGUCCGGGGAAUGCUGUACCUGUCUCUCACUGUGGUUGGAGUUCCGGGAAACACUGCUGUCAUCGUGGCAUUCCUCCUGGCACUGUACCAGGAGCAUCAGCUUCUUCCUGCUGACGCCAUUGUGCUGCACCUGGCCUGUGCCAACCUGCUGGUAGUAGGCGUGCGCUGCCUGCUGGAGACCCUGGCCACCUUCCGCCUGGUCAACAUCUUCGGGGACACGGGCUGCCAGGGGGUGAUCUUUGUCUACCGUACGUCUCGCUCCCUCUCCAUCUGGCUCACCUUUGUGCUGAGUGCCUACCAGUGCCUGAGCAUCGCUACUCCCGGCUCCUGCUGGGCCUCCAUCCGUGUCCUGGUGGCUCGCUACCUGGCAGUGAUCUUCCUCACCCUUUGGGUCAUCAAUACCUCCAUGAGCUCGGCAGCCAUAGCCUUCUCCCUGGGCUCCCGGAAUGACUCGGUCAACAUGCAGCACAGCAUUAAUGUUCAAUUCUGCUAUGUUCGCUUUCCUACUAUGCAGUCCAAACAGGUGAACGGGGCUGUCCAGGUAGGGAGGGACGUGGUACCUAUGGGCAUGAUGACCCUGGCCAGUCUGGUCAUCCUUGUGUUCCUGUACCGCUACAGCCAGCAGGUGAAGGGACUCCGCAGCAGCUCUGGGGCCAGCGGUGGGGCAGAGCGGCGGGCGGCUAAGGCUGUAGUGGCCUUGGUGACCCUGUAUGUGGUCCUCUAUGGGGUGGAUAAUGGACUGUGGGUAUACACCCUCACCGUGAGGAAGACCAUGAGCUCCUCACUGAUCUCAGACCUGCGCAUAUUCUUCUCGUCGCUGUAUGCAGCGCUCAGCCCCCUGGUGAUCAUAGCCACCAACAGGAAGGUGAACAGCAGGCUGAGGUGUGUGGUGCAGGAGAGGCCCGUUCAGGACAAAGCCACUACACUAUCUACUGUGUGA